ACCUUCCUUCUCCAAAGCGGUUCCGUGUUUGAAAUGUGAAGUAGUUUUAUGUCUAUGGUCGCUGCUUUUAUUUUCCCGUAAUUAUACUUUACACUUGUCAACCACAGAUAAAGGACAAUGGGCGACAUGAGACCCUGUAAAGUAUGCGAUUUUAAACGACAACAUUCAAUCGGAGUAGUUGUAACUUCUUUAGAACAACUCAAGAUUAAAGGUGGCGAGUCUCUUCCCAUCGGUCCGGACGCUCCCGUCAAAGUGGUUCUGGAAGAGGACGGGACCAUCGUGGAAGAUGAGAUCUACUUCCUGUGCUUGCCCUCAAACACAAAGUUCAUGCUCCUUGGCCCGCAGCAGAUGUGGUGCCCUGUCCGCAGAAUUGACGGAGGCACGUCCUGGAUGAACAGAGACUCCAUGCUGCUGGAGGUUGACGCCGUGGACGGCUCCAUCAGCCAAGUGGAGCCCUGGUGGCUUCUGGCCCAGCAGCUGAAGCAGAACAUGUCCAGCAUCAUUACCAUGUCAGAGACGGACCUCCAGACCUUGGUGGACAUUCCUUGCACGCAGCUGACUUCCGCGUUGAACUUCCCGGAGAGCAAGGUCCAGAACCUCCAGAAGACCCUUCAGGGGGCCCUGGACCACAGGGAAGAGGUGAGGCAGGCCAAGGAGCUGCUGCAGCUGUACGUCAAGGCCGUGGAGAAGCAGGACAGCCAGGAGGCGCAGUCCGGCCUGGAAGGGGCCGGGGACACGUUCGCUCCAGGGGCGGGGGGCAUGGACCAGGUAGACGGGAUGGAGGUGGACUCUGCGUCCGGGUUCAUGACCAGGACCCUGAUGGUGCUCAAGGGCAAGACCAGCCCGGAGACCCGGCUCUCCACGGAGGAGCUGCAGGUGGUGCUGACGACGGGGGCCCCGGCCCUGGAGGAGAUGCUGGGCUGGGACGGCCCCCGCACCGCCGCCCUGCUGGAGGCGUGCCGGGCGGAGAUGGCCGCCCGCCUGCAGCGCGUCCAGGCCCUGGGCUACCUCAGCAGCCUGGGCCAGCCGCCGGAGGCCGCCCGCCGGCCGGACCCGGAGCCCCAGCAGCGGGUGGAGCCCGACCCCGCCGCGGGCAGCCCGGACACGCAGGGCUGAGAACUGUGAGCUGGGGGCUGAGGCGCUGGCCGGGCCGAAGGCCGGGAAUGCCUUUUACCUCCCCCGACCCGAGGGUUAGUGGAACGGGAUGAGUAUUGGCGUUGGGAAGCCUGUCCUACAGGGGGGUGUGUGUGUUGGAACCAACAGGGGUGGGUGCUGGUUUGUGAACGUGCUGAAUAGCUUCAUCUUCCCGGGGAGUGGGUGAAACAACAUUUGGUCGAACGUCACUCGCGACGCAGUCUCAUGUUAUUUAUACACUGUGACGCAAUGCUUAUUAUGUCCCCGGAGCGAACAGAAUAGUCCUAACACUAAAAUAAAUCCAAAAUCAUCUUCCUAGACAUGGCAGACUUGACUCUUUGACUGAUGUGUUUGAUCUCCGUCUUGGAUUGCUGCUGUAACGAACAAGAGUUUAAAAGGCAGGUGAAUUCAGGUGCACUGGAAUCCUUUUGAUACGAUGUUGUGGAAAGGUUGAGCUUGAGUAGAAUGCUUUAUAAUAACGAGGAAAACCAUUUCCUCCCCCUCAAAUGAGCGUCUUGUUUUAUGGAUAAUGGUCCUACCAAGGAUGAGGUUAAUACAAGGGCAAUGCAUGUACUACGGCAUUACUAUGUUUGGAGUAAAAAGCACUAUAGAAAUAGACUACAAGUGCCAAACAAAACUAGUCUCUCACACACACAGAAUAAUGAGUCAUUGUAACCAAAAUAAUCAAUAUGUUCCUGGAGGGUUGAUCUAAGAAGUCCGAUAAUGAUGUGAAAAGGAAAGUACACACACACACACACACACACUCAGAUCCCCAUACAGAGAGUCCGUGGUCCAUCUAUCAUCCCAGGCUGGAACCAGAGCAGAGCACUUCUAAUGCAAGACCAUAACCACGGCCAUAACCAUUCUGAUGUCAUCUGAUGGAUGGUCAGUUCCUUGUGUUGUUUUUCUCGAUGUUUGAAGAGAGAACUGGGGACCUGGUGAUUUUGGACGUCUUACUUUAUAAAAUAUUGUUGGGAAUGGACCAUACUAAAAAGCAAAAAAACUAAAACCUAUGCUCAUACGGAUGUCGCUUGUCCACUACCCAUCAAAUAUUUUUUUACUUUUCUAUAUGUGACAAACGUUUGGAGGAGUGUGUAUCAUUUGCAUUAUCUUUUUUUUUUUUGUUUAGACCCGUAAUAUCUUUUUUUAAUGGUUGUUCGAUAUAAAUUCUGCACCUUUCUAUGCAGAUAUCUCUUUUAUUUCUUGUAUAAAUAUUUGUAAUUCAUUUUGUACAAUAAAAUCUAUUGCCGACUUUGUACCCCAAUGAACUCUAGUUCUAGAUAAAAGCAUUAUUUUGAUAAUCGAUUCGCUCAACGCAAAAUAAAUACUUUCCAUUUUUGAUCAACGAUUAAUGUUUGAUUGGAUCAUUACUUCAGACGUGCAUAUAAUUAAUAUAGUUCAACGGUUCCCUUGCUGUUUAUUAUAAAUGUAACAUGCAACGUUUUUUUUCCGGUAUGUAUGUUCAUGGACCAAAUAUAUAAUUGUACCAAAUAAUAACCUUUUAUACUGAUGAAUCUAAAAUAAAAUUGCACCAUCAUGUGCAGGCUAUAGCAUCCCUGGGAAAGCUGUGACCUAGAAUCCAGAAUCUAACUGACUUCCAAAUCCAC